GGAGGGAGUGAGUCACUGAGCGUGUGUGAGGGAGGGAAGGAGCGAGCGAUCGCGCCCGCACCCUGCGCCGGCUGUCCACAGCACCAGCCAGGCCCUGCCGCUGCCCGCAGCCCUGCGCCGAGGCUGGGCCGAGCCGAACCGAGCUGGGUCGGGGCCGGGCCAUGCUGCUCACCGUGUACUGUGUGCGGAGGGACCUCUCCGAGGUGACCUUUUCCCUCCAGGUCGACGCUGACUUCGAGCUGCACAACUUCCGCGCGCUGUGCGAGCUCGAGUCCGGCAUCCCCGCAGCCGAGAGCCAGAUUGUCUAUGCCGAGAGACCUCUCACAGACAACCACAGGUCACUGGCUUCCUACGGCUUGAAAGAUGGGGACGUCGUGAUUUUACGACAGAAGGAGACUGCCGACCCUCGACCUCCAGCGCAGUUUCCAAACCUGCCCCGCAUAGACUUUCGUAGUAUAGCUGUGCCUGGCACAUCGAGCUCCCGGCAGCGGCAGCCACCAGGAGCACAGCAGUCCCACUCGUCCCCCGGAGACCUAGCUUCAUCUCCCCAGGGCUUGGACAACCCGGCCUUGCUCCGAGACAUGCUGCUGGCCAACCCCCACGAGCUGUCCUUGUUGAAGGAGCGCAACCCGCCCCUGGCAGACGCCUUGCUCAGUGGAGACCUUGAGAAGUUUUCCAGGGUCCUGGUGGAGCAGCAGCAAGACCGAGCCCGGAGAGAGCAAGAAAGGAUCCGUCUGUUUUCUGCUGACCCUUUUGAUCUUGAAGCUCAGGCGAAAAUAGAAGAAGAUAUAAGGCAACAGAACAUUGAGGAAAACAUGACGAUAGCUAUGGAAGAAGCUCCGGAAAGUUUUGGCCAAGUAGUGAUGCUUUAUAUUAACUGCAAAGUGAAUGGACAUCCUGUGAAAGCCUUCGUUGACUCAGGUGCCCAGAUGACUAUUAUGAGCCAAGCGUGUGCGGAGAGGUGUAACAUAAUGAGGCUGGUGGAUCGUCGGUGGGCAGGGAUCGCCAAGGGAGUGGGCACCCAGAAGAUUAUUGGAAGGGUACAUCUAGCCCAGGUUCAGAUCGAAGGGGACUUCCUGGCCUGCUCCUUCUCCAUCCUCGAGGAACAGCCGAUGGACAUGCUUCUGGGGCUCGACAUGCUGAAGCGGCACCAGUGUUCCAUUGACCUCAAGAAAAACGUCCUCGUGAUCGGCACCACAGGCUCACAGACCACCUUCCUUCCUGAGGGCGAGUUACCGGAGUGUGCUCGGCUGGCGUAUGGGGCCGGGCGAGAGGAGAUGAGGCCAGAAGAGAUUGCAGACCGAGAACUGGCGGAAGCCCUUCAGAAAUCCAUACAGGAUGCAGAGAAGAGCGGGGAAGAAACUACCUCACUGGGAAUGUCGUCAUUACCAACUUCCGAUGGGUGUGACCAUCCAGCCCAUCCUUCAGGGCAGAGUCCUGAGACCGGUGACCCUGCGGGGCUUGCUCGCUCUGUCUCUGCUCCAGUCGGCCCUGUCAAGCCCAGUGACCCAGGCAGCAUCCAGCCUACAGCUGGGAAGGCCUCGAAUUCUGCUGAAUUCCAGACAGCCUCUGAAAAGAAAGAGCAUCUUCCCCCCCAGGACCUUGCCGGUCAUGCUCCUUCAGCAGACAGUGCUCUGGCAGCCCGGAGUCCAGCCACGCACGUGCAGAAUUCACCCGGAGAAGCUGCUGUCGCAGAUCACCCGGGGAAAUCUCAUCUCCACACAGGACAGGAAGUACCUGUCACGACGACUGGGGUGCAAGAAACACAGAGGUUUCUGGGUGAAGAAGGUUGGCCUCCAGCAUGUGAGGAUCCGAGUCCAGUGACUGGCCUUCAGCAGCACAAGGAACCAGGGAAUCAACAGCAUGAGGUUGUACCACAGAACAUGCCACAUGACCAAGAGCAUCUUUGUGUCACAGGGGGCGUUGACCUGCUUGGAGAAAGGCAACAGAAUCAACCAAAAAGUGUUGAUGCAGAAGCUGCAGCGAAAGGAGGCGGGCUGCAGCAGAAUGUGGACCUUCCGUGUACACGGAGAAACAGUCCGCCUUCCGAAUGCUACGACUGCUCGGACUCAGAAACACUCAUGGAAGUAGAUACAGUUGAACAGUCCCUAGUUGCUGUGCUGAACUCAGCCGGUGGUCAGAAUGCCAGUGUCAAGAACAUCAGCGCAUCUGAUAGCACCUUGGAUAAUCCCUCAAUGGAAGUGGAACCAUCAAAAUGUAACACUUCACCUGAAAUUUUGAGUAAUUCCAUUCCCACUCAGAAUCCACAGUUCCCAGGAUGCAAUGCGGAAAUGUCCGGAAUAAAUAAAGAAUGUGGGAAUUGCUCCCCGUCGGUAAGUCCGUGCGGCAGUUGUCAGCCCUGUGUGGAGGCCACAGAGGGAUCUUGCUCAUCGAUCACAGCAGCCUUGAAGGAACUUCAUGGACUCCUGGUCACCAAUAGUAAACCAGCUUCAGAAAAUACCUCUGAAGAAGUUACCUGUCAGUCAAAAACAGUAACUGAGGGCCAAACAGGUUUUGGGGUCUUUCCUGAAAGAUGGAUCCAAAAUGAGCAGCUUAUAGCUACCCAGAAUGAACAGUGUUCUCAAGUCUCCUUCCAUCAGGCCAUAUCUGCAUCAAUGAAGACAGAAAAAUUAACAGACACUUCGACUGGCUCUGGAAUAGAAGACGUAGAAAGUGCUAACUUCAGGGGUCCGGGUGAUGGCCUAUCAACUGAUAAGAAAGGUGUCCCCGAGUCUAGGGAGUCAGUAAAUGAGAGCAGUUCUGUCACUCUGGCCUCGGAUAAGACGUCUAAUCAAUUACACUGCACCUUAGGUGUCGAAAUCUCACCCAGACUUGCAGCAGGUGAAGGGGAGGCACUCAGUCAGACUUUGGAGCAAACGAAGUCCUGGUCAUCAGAUUUCAUAUUGGUUAAAGAUUUGGGUCAGGGCACACAGAACCCAGUGACAGGCAGGCCUGAGACCAGAGACGUCUGUCCUGAAGCUACAGGGCCACUUCUGGAAUCCGAGCCGCCUACCAGCUGUCCAUCAUCAAGUCCCUCCAUGCUUCCAUCGUUCGUUUUUCCUGCGGCGGACAUUGACCGGAUUCUCCGUGCCGGCUUUACUUUGCAGGAAGCUCUUGGGGCUUUGCGUCGAGUUGAUGGAAAUGCAGACCUUGCACUUCUUAUUUUGCUGGCAAAGAACAUUGUAGUUCCUACGUAACCAUGGAAAAGUGGGCUAGACCAUACUCCAUUCCCUAAAAAAAAAAGCUAUACACACACACACUCUCACCACAUAUGCAGUAUAUGUAGAAACCUGUGAGCAGAAUGUUGAGCCAGAUUUUUUUUAAAGAUUUUUUUUCAGCCAAAGUAAUUUAUGAUCUCUUGUCUGAUGAUUUUGUCUAUUCUAUUUGUUAAGAUUUGGGCCUUUUUAAAUGUACUGGCAGUAUGUGCAUACGAAAGCCUUUUAUUCUCAUUAAGAUGAUGUAUUCUGGAAUAAAACUGAUGAUUUUGUGUCCAGCAUACCAUUUAGAACGAGAGUGAAUGCUGCUUCAAGAAGCAGAAGCCCUGAGAAAUCGCACCAUCUGUGCAGCUAGGAGCAAAUCGAGUUCCCAGUGAGGCUGAGUCUGUGCUGUGGGCACAUGGGUUAUGGCUCAUCGGUUCCAUUGUCACUUGACAAGCUUGACUACAUGGUUUGGGUCUUCAGAAUUCUCCUCAGUGCUCUGAGUAUCAUGAUUCAUCAGGUAUAACAAGACACUGAAGAGUAAUUGAUGAGUAUCUCCUAGCGUGGUACGUUAUUAUUUGUGUGGUUAGGGUUCAACAUUUUAAAGAGAUGAAUCAGGAGGAUUUAAAAUCUGGGUUCCUUUGUACAUCACAGGCUACUACAUGGAUUGCCACGCAGCUUGGCGGGGGGGGGAUUCACGUAAGAGUGAACCAUGGUGCUACCCAGAUUUUUAAAAAAGUCCUGCAAUUCAGUCUGCAAAUGUGGUGAUGUUUCAAGAACUGUGAGUGAGAAAUAAUGACCCAAACCUUGGAGUUUCCUAGAGCCCGGGGUUGCUAGCAUCUCACUGAUCAUACCUCAACCCUUCAUGACUAGCGAUGAUCUGAAGUUCAGCUUAUGGGUUGACGGCAGUCCGUUUCUCUUCUAAACUCUGCUUCCACGAGGGCGUUGUUCUAAGGCUCCGUCUGAGCUGCGAUCUGGUGAAAUAGUGAAGCGGGAACCUUGUCGCUGGUUCAUCUCGGUGCUCAGAAGGGUCUGUCUGUUCAGUGAGUGUGCUCCGUGGCCAUGGAAAUAGUCAUUGCAGUUUCAGACUCAGGUGGCCUUGGUCGUGUAUUCCAUCCCUUUUCUUUCCUCAGGAGUUGGUUUUGGUUUUUUUAAGCAAGAUGCGUCACAUUUGUGUUUACCGUGUCAAGGUAGAGCAGGGCAGUCAGUCUCUCAAUGUCCUUACUGUGGCCUUUUCAAAUGUGAGGGCUUGUCCUUGGGAGUCAGUGUCCUGUGGGCCCCACUGUGCAAUAAUCCUGGGGGGUAGAUUUCCCAGCGUCUCCCACCCUGGGGUGGGGGGCUGCUUUCUUAGGUCCCUAGCAGGAAAUUUUGGUUUUUAUUGAAAAGAAUUUUGAGCAUGAUAAUUCCCAGUUCCAGCUUGCAAUGUGUUUGAAACAGAACCUUUGAGACAGCGAUUUAUGAGUUUAGUGUUGAAUGACUUUGUCUUAAAGUCUGGCUCUCUUUGAAAGCUUAUUUCCAUCAGAAUUUACAUCACUGAGCACAAUCAAAAUGGAGCCUCAUAUCUUAGGAGUUUUUGACAUUUCAGUUUGGGGCUAAAGGCAUUUCAUUUCUGCCCUUUCCCCUCUUUCUUUUGGCUCUGAUACUUGUGUGUGUGUUGGGAGACAUGAGUAAUGUGAUGGGAAGUCCCCUAGAUUCUUCGACACCCUCUGGGGUUAGGAAACAGUUACAGAAGCUGUAGUUGACUGUUCCCAAGAGGACUCCCAGAACAACAGGUCAGCCAGAUUGUCUUUAAAAUGUUCUUCUAGACAAUCACAUACUGCAGACCCUUUUGCCUGCCCUACACCAAAGACGUCAGAUGCAUCAGGAAACGGCUUAGAGGGUUCAGUCGGCCGACUCUGAGGGCUGUUUGUCAUGAAGUAGUUGAUGCUUUUUGGUCGGAAUCAAAUCGAGUGGUAGCGGGAUGUGUCUCUGCAUUCACUUAAUGGGUGGUGACUGGGAAUUUAUUUGAAGCUUAUAAAUUUUCAGGGCCACGAGGUGGGGUAGGGGGGAGAACUUAUCAAUAACAAGAUUACUCCCCAAAGUCCUUCUGUAUGAAGAUGGGGCUUGCGGCUUUCUGGGAGUGGGUGGCGUAUACCAUGAGAGGAGCCUUGGCCACUGACUUCUCAGCGUGUAGACGGGAGUCGGUCCCAAAGGGGGAAUAUGGACUGUCGGCCCAAAAGGGCUUCAUUGCAAUAGUGCGUAUUCAUUUUCAGUAGAAAAUAGGCCUAUAGGUGUACAUGAGUUUUUGUUAGGAAUACUUUUGAGUUUAACCCACUUGCCAAAUAUCUUUGUCUUUUUUUAAUCAUUUAUUUUCCAGUAUGUAAUUGCUUUUUAUUUUUAAGACCUGAUUUCUUGUCCAUCAUUUGUGUAAAAGUCAAGUUGUCGAUAUUGUCAGGGGUUUGAAUCGUUUGUAAAUUCGGCAGAUCUAGAACACAAAGGGAAUUAAAGAACACGACACUAGUCAGCCUUCACUACCAGCUUUUAUUCCAAGUGCAGAAAUUGGAGAAUAACUUUUCCAAGAGUAAGGUGAAGUCGUGAAACUCCUCUGGUUGCCAGCGGAACUGGUAACAGCCAUUCUAACCAGUGAUGGGCCACUUUCCUGGCCAGCUCUCUGGUUAGCGCUUACCUCCAAGGGCGGUCUCAGUUUAUUCACCAAAGAAAGAUUUUUGUGUAUAACUUCUGCAUUUUCCCGUAAGUUGGUUGCUGUGUGCAAGAAAGUGCUUGGUAACCAGACACCGACAUCUAGGUUAUGGAUUUUGCCCAUUGACGGGGAUAGGAGUGAUUUCCACUGCACCCGUUGAGGCCUCCAGACACCGGCCAGUAGCCUUCACCCCACAGCUUGGGCCUUAGCCAUAAACAUAAGGACUACCAGUUGCUCGGCAAAGGGAACUGAGUAGACGGUGCGUGUGUUAAAACUAAUUUGCUUGCAGCCUCCCCCACGUGUUUCUUCCCAAAACACUUCUCCAGCAAAGAGGGUUGCAUAAAAAUGGACAGAUACAUGAGGCUUUGUGUCCCUGGUUUUAUAACCAUUUCAAGUGGAAUCUGCCUGUUCUUCCCUUAUCAACUUCUGUCUCUAGUAAAAGCCAUAAAAAUCUAGUUGGUUUAACCACCAGCUGUUGUGUAUAUAUAGAUGUGUGACUGAUGAAUAUGCUCCAGUUAACAUUAUGUAGAUUAAAAAGCAGACAAUUUUCAUAUCUGCAGAUACAGCCUUCACUUGGGGCUUUUAUCUCACCGUGUACAUUAAAAAACCAGCUUUGCAAAUAACUGGCCAGGAGAAUCACAGUGCUUUCUGAUUUUCUUUUCUUGCCUAUGUGACACCCGCCCUGAGGGUAAACAGGGUAAUUGUGCUGUUACCUGCCCCAGAGUUGUUAACACAUCAUAAGAGAAACCAACUGGUUUACGCAUUCUGCCCCUGUCUAGCACAGGUACCGAAAGGCCAGGUUUCUGCUUGGACUUGGGGGGCUUAGUGCACUCUGGCCGAACUAGAAACAAACAGUUUUCCUUCUCAGAAGAUGAAUGUUACCUUAGGAGUUCCAUAGGGUAAAAGGCUUUUUCUCUGGGAGAAUUUAAAAUGCCAAUUCCUCUUAACAAAGUAAAUUCAAAGCAUGUCCCGGAGAACUGGGAGUGUAGAGUCACAGCUCAAGUUCUGUGCCCGGGUGCUCCCUCCGUGGGUGCCACUGGGAGCUCACUGAGCAAACUGAAUAAUUUAGGGGUGAACCUUUGAUGAGCUUGAUCUUCUCUUGUGCCUUAGUCUCCUCCGCAAAUAGCAGAGGCAGCACAUGUUGGUGAGAACUGAAAAUGGAAGUGAAGUGGGAGGGGGCACAUUGACGGCGGCCCUCCUGAAGAUCAUGGGCAUACAUUGGAUGGUCCUGAGGCUCAGCUUUAUUCAUUCACAAUUGUCCGACACCCAGUCAUUUGGUGGAACUGGGGGGAAGGGGCGGGCGGAUGGUUUGCAGGGUAAAAAGUACAUGUACAUGGAAGAUAAUCCUAAAGAUGCACCGGCGAUGGUCAACUUUUCCUUCUUCCAUCAGGCCCUGUUCCCAUGCAGGGUAGAGAUAGGGAGUGUGCCUCAGCAUGCUCCCCGCUCCCCCAGCGCUCAGCUGCUCUGGGACACUGACCUUCUGGGCCACUGGGCCAGCAGCACUGAGAGGCUCCGCAGGGUUGUUUUAAAGCCGUGGAGUGCAAGGUGUGGAAACGGGGCUCCAGAGCAGGAAAUCUAGUGAGGGUGAGGGACGGGGCGGUAGGCAGCACUUACAAGAAUUCAGGACUCUACCACCAACUCUUUCUACAGGACAGCUCCAUCAAAAGGACUUUUUCUAAAAUGUUUUUUUAUUUUUGUGGGGAGGAGAAAGACCAAGAGAAACAUCAGCGUGAGGUUGCUUGCCUCUCACGUGGCCCCCACUGGGGACUGGCCUGCAACCCAGGCACGUGCUCUUGACCGGGAGUCCAACCAGUGACUCACACGCAGUCCACUGAGCUACAAGCCAGAGCAAAAGGACAUUUUAACCCAUCAUUUAGAAUGUCAUCAUGUAAUGUAAUCUUGAAGCAUACAGGGAGAAUUUCUGGUUUUAGUAACUUUAGAGGUUUACGAUGAGCUAUGUAUUGGUAUUGGUAACCUCGACCCUCUGGGGCUUGAAGGUGUGGGAUGUAGCUGAUGUUUUAGGGCACGGUCUCGUGGAAUGAAAUCUGCAAGGGGAAUGGUUCAAGGGCGUAGGAGUUUGAGAAUAUUUCUUUCGCCUAAAAAAUCUAAGCAAACUACAGAAGACCUGGAGUGGAGCUGUGGAAUACAAAACGAGAGUAAUUUUUACAGAACUCUAUCUCUUUAAAUAGGUACGAUAAGGUUUUCAUUAGCUGACUCGAGGAAGGGACAUGCUGGGAUGUUUUCCUGGGCAGUACAUGUCCGAUGAGAAAUGAUGCUGAUCACCAGGAGUUUGUUUCACACAACCUUGAAUGAAUGCAUCUGUGGCUUGAAGAAAAAGGCAGGCAGAUCGGUUUAAGGUUUAUCUCCAAAUGCCUUUGGUGUGAGGUUGCCUGACGCUGCCCAGACGCCUUUUUCCUUCUCUGAAGGCCCCACAGCUGAGUCUGUGCCACCGGAGACCUUUCUCUGAAUGAUUAUGUUUCCACACUCUGUUCUCUUCAUCAUCCUAUUGAGAUAGUUCUGGUGAUGGGGCAACUCGACAUACUAAUUGCAUUUGCCUUUUUCACUGUGUAUUGACAAUGGAAGUUACUUUGCUCAUUUUAAUCCAAAAUAUCAUCUUCAUGGCAAGUUGGGCCAGUGGCCUUUGCACUCAAGUAAGGUUUGUUUACUAGAAUUACAGCCAUAUUUGGCAAAUGUUAACACACAGAAACUGCUCUUUCCCCCCUUAUUUGUUCUUACAGUUGCUCAUGUAUGUUUUCCUGACUUCUGACACUUUGAGACUACUGCAUCUUAGAAGAACUGGGCUGAUGGCAAGAUAGGCAUGCCAAGAGCUCAGUCUCUCCCAUAAUGCUUUGGUUUUGAGAGUUGGAAAACUCUGAGAACUUAAGGGAACCAAACUCAGGAAUCCCAAAGUUGGUUGCAUUGUGCUGUUGGCUUAGGGGCUGGACACAGGGCCAGUCUGCAGCUGCGUGAACUAGGUGCAUUUGGGUUUGAAUUUUUGUCAUAUAACGGAAGUGUAAGUCAGCUCUAAAUAAUUAAAACACUUUAUUCUUUUUUUAAUAGGAACUUUCUGAAGAAAGGUGAUGUGUAAAACAUUUGAUAUUUAAGACAAUAAAGUUUUUAUCGUAA